AUGUCCUCCAACCGCUCUCCAAGCCCGCCGCCAGCUUCUCAACCUCAACCUCAACCUCACCCUCACCCUCACCCCCAAUUCCAAUUUACAUCUCCGGUCGAUUAUUCAACACGCCCUCGACGCCGAUCCUCCAUUACCAUCGACACAGUCUCCACCGAGCCCUUCCCCGAUUUCUCUCGAUCUGCCGCCGCCGCCUUAGCUGAGGGUGAAGGAGAGGGCGCAUCCACGAGCACGUUUAUACUGGGCUCGCCAUAUGCUCUCACGGGCGCCAUUUCUGCAUCAGUGGCUUCCUCGCGGGCUGGUGGACGACCCGACGACAGUACAAACAUCGAGAUGGAGCCCAUUGUAGGACACAGAAGACGGAAGAGCGCGGCCAUGAACUCCCCUGGCCUGCCUCAGGCCGCCCCAGGGAGGCCAAUUGCUGGUGGUAGUGGCAGGACACACCUUUCGGCCAACCCAUCCGACCUAGACGACUUUGAGGAAAACGGAGGGAGCAGCAGCACAUCAAUCGGCUCCGGAAAUGACGACGAGGCGAGAGGCAGACCCAGCUUCAGCGACGACGAUUUACACAGCGAUGAGGAGACGGGGCUCAGCAACAAGGAGCGCGCCCGGAGGCAGAAGAAGCGCCAAAGGAUCACUCAGCUGGGGCAGCGCAUAGUGCGCGACAAGAGUCUGUCGUCAGAGGAGCGCCAGGAGGCGGACAAGGACGUCGUCAGGAAACUGCUCGUUAACAUGUUUUUGAUUCUACUGUGGUACUUUUUCUCGCUGUCAAUUUCACUGUACAACAAAUGGAUGUUCGAUAAAGACCGUCUCAACUUUUCCUUUCCUCUUUUUACCACAUCACUGCAUAUGGUGGUGCAAUUCCUUCUCUCAGCCUUGGUUCUCUAUUUUGUACCAUCGCUGCGGCCACAGCGAUCCCACGCAUCUGACAUGGGCAGAUCUCGACAUGAGACGGAAGCAAACGGCGCCUCCAUGUCAAAGAUGUUUUACCUGACGAGAGUUGGACCCUGCGGUGCAGCCACUGGCCUGGAUAUUGGCUUGGGCAACACCUCGCUCAAGUUUAUCAGUUUGACAUUUUACACCAUGUGCAAAUCAUCCUCUCUUGCAUUUGUUCUUCUAUUCGCUUUCGCAUUCCGCCUCGAAAAACCUACCUGGCGCCUCGUGGCCAUCAUUGCUACCAUGACGCUGGGUGUCAUCCUCAUGGUUUUCGGCGAGGUCGAGUUCAAGCUUGGCGGCUUCCUUCUCGUCAUUACAGCAGCCUUCUUUUCCGGCUUCCGCUGGGGUCUCACGCAGAUGCUGCUUCUCCGCAACCCUGCCACUUCUAACCCCUUCUCUAGCAUUUUCUACCUCACGCCAGUCAUGUUUCUAACUCUUAUUUCCAUUGCGAUUCCCGUCGAAGGUUUUGGUCCCUUGUGGGAGGGAUUGAAGACUCUUAGCCAGGAAUGGGGUCCUUUUAUGACACCUCUGUUCCUUCUUUUCCCCGGAUGUAUCGCCUUUCUGAUGACAGCGUCCGAGUUCGCCUUGCUGCAGCGAACGUCUGUUGUCACGCUUUCUAUUGCCGGCAUCUUUAAAGAGGUCGUCACCAUCUCGGCCGCGUCUCUCAUCUUCAAGGAUAAGCUCACCCUCAUCAACUUCAUUGGCUUAAUCACCACAAUGCUGGCAAUCGUUGCCUACAACUACAUCAAGAUUACCAAGAUGCGCCAAGACGCCCAAGUGCAAGUCCACGUGCGCGUUACCGACGUCGAUGCCGAUCUCCCAUCAUCAAGCGCGAGCGACUUUGAAAACGACAGCUCAGAGGAAACGGCAGGAUUACUCCAUCAAAACACGGAAAGGGGUGAAGUGCUGUUUCAAGCCGGUAGCCUGCCGCCGCCCACGCCACGGGUUACGAGGGAUGAGUCAAUGGACUAA